AUGAAACAGUGGUUUAUUAAGGGGCAGGAGAAAGGAUUCGACGGGUUAGAGUUCCUCGAAGUGCCUAUCCCAAAAGUCGGAGAGAACGAGGUCCUCGUGAAACUUCAUGCGGCAUCUCUGAAUUACCGAGAUGUAGCCAUAGCGAAGAACGAAUAUCCCAGCCCAUUACGAUUUCCAUUCUGCCCUGGUUCUGAUGGCGCAGGCGAAGUCAUAGAGGUUGGCUCUAAAGUGACAAAUUUUCGAAUAGGGGACAAAGUGGCAACGCUUUUUCAUCAGGGCCAUCUUUAUGGAGAUAUUGAUGUUUCCAUCAUCCCAACAUCACUGGGUGGUUUCCUUGACGGAACACUUAGACAAUUCGGCGUCUAUAACGAAAACGGAUUGGUUAGAACCCCCAACAAUCUCGACCUAAAUGAGUCAAGGUUAGUAACUAACCCCGAAAAAGCAUGUGCUGCCUUGACUGCAUGGAAUGCAUUGUACGGAUUGAAGCCAUUGAAACCGGGCGAUUCUGUUCUUAUUCAAGGUACAGGUGGAGUUAGUAUCUUCGCACUUCAGUUUGCAAAGGCUGCAGGAGCUACGAUCAUAGCUACCACAUCUACGAAGGAAAAAGAGGAGGCACUGAAAAAGCUAGGGGCUCAUCAUACAAUCAAUUAUAAAGAGGAUGCCAACUGGGGUAAGACCGCCAAAACCCUAACGAACGGACGGAGCGGCGUCGACUUCGUGAUUGAUGUGGGAGGCAGUGAAUCUCUCCCCCACAGUAUUGAUGCAGUCAGGCUUGGAGGCAUCAUUAACCUGAUCGGCUUCCUUAGCGGCAAAAAGCCUCAACUAACAACGGAACUCCUAUUUCGCGGCUGCACAGCACGCGGCGUUCAUGUGGGCUCAAGACAACAAAUGGAGGAAAUGGUAAAGGCUAUCGAAGCCAAUGACAUUCAUCCCGUAAUUGACGAAAAAGUCUUCGACUUUGAAAGUACUAGGGAAGCAUAUGACUAUGUGUGGAAUCAUAGACAGUUUGGCAAGGUGGUUAUCAAGAUAUCUGAAUAG